AUGCUGGCCUGCCGGAUGAGCAGGCCGCUGCCUUCGAGCCUCGCCCGCUUCCUCGCGGCAGGCGCCGGACCCCCGCCGGCCACGCGCCGAGCCUCGGCGGGGGAGCCGAACCGGGGCGACGCCGCGCACGCCGACCCGCAGUACUCGGCGGGGGCCGCCAGGGGUCGCCGCGGAGCCGCCUUCGAGCUGACGGCGGCGGAGGAGCCGGCCUUCUGCCACCUGCAACUCCUGCAGGCGGCCACCAGGGGGCGCUGCGCGGACGAGAGGCGGCUGCAGUGCCCGGCGGCAGCCGGCAGGGGCGGGCAGGAGCCUUGCGGCCACGUGGCCGGCAAGAGGGCGAGCUGGCUGCCCCGCCUGGCCUGCCCCGAAGGGGAGACCCCCCGGGACCCCCCGGCCAGGGACCCCCCGGCUCAGCCCCCCAGCAGGCUGCGCCUCUGGCCCAACCCCCAGCAUGCUGGGAGGCGCCACCGGAGCCACCAUGGCCGGAGCCACCGGAUCAGGAUCCCCACCUUCGCGGCCACGGCCACAGCGGCCGCCGGGGUGGCCUUCUGCUACAACAAGAGCCACGUGUCCAAAGAGGAGGCGCUGCUGGAAGCUGCGAGAAUGAACAAUAUCACUGAACUGGACAGGAGAGCCAAGCGGGCCUGGCCGGCAGCCACUGAGCACAAACUCAAACAUGCCCUUUGGGCUCCGGCUUUGAGUGGAGGCGACCCGGAGUCGCUCACCCAGAACUCACGGGAGAAGAGGCUGAAUAGAAGCCCCAUAUGUCUGAGGUUGUUGCAGGAAGGAGCCAGUGUGAACGCGCGGCACAAGCUUGGCUGGACGGCGCUGAUGGUGGCAGCCAUAAACCGUAACGGCAGUGCGGUGAACCUUCUGCUUACGACUGGAGCUGACCCAAACCUGGGAGAUGAGUUCAGCAGCGUCUACGAAACCGCCAAAGAAAAGGGGCUGCAUUCCCUGGAAGUUCUGGUCACCCGGGAGGACGACUUCAACAACCGGCUGAACAACCGGGCCAGCUUCAGGGGCUGCACGGCUCUGCAUUACGCUGUGCUGGCCGACGACUACCCUUCUGUCAAGAUGCUUCUCGACGGAGGUGCCAACCCCCUGCAGAGAAAUGAAAUGGGGCACACGGCCGUGGAUUACGCCCGAGAAGGAGAGGUGAUGAAGCUCCUGAAAGCUUCUCAAACAAAGUUCCAAGAAGAGCAGCGCAAGAGAGAAAUAGAAGAACGGCGGCGGUUUCCCCUGGAGCAGAGGCUGCGAGAACAUAUCAUUGGCCAGGAGAACGCCAUAGCAACUGUUGGAGCAGCCAUCCGGAGAAAGGAAAAUGGCUGGUACGACGAAGAGCACCCGCUGGUUUUCCUCUUCUUGGGAUCAUCCGGAAUAGGUAAAACUGAGCUGGCCAAGCAGACAGCCAAGUACCUCCACAAAGACGUCAAGAAGGGGUUCAUUCGACUUGACAUGUCUGAGUUUCAGGAAAGACACGAGGUCGCCAAGUUUAUUGGCUCCCCGCCAGGCUAUGUGGGCCACGAGGAAGGUGGGCAGCUCACGAAGAAGCUCAAGCAGUGCCCGAAUGCUGUGGUCCUCUUUGACGAGGUGGACAAGGCCCACCCGGACGUCCUCACCAUCAUGCUGCAGCUCUUUGACGAAGGCCGGCUGACGGACGGGAAAGGAAAGACCAUCGACUGCAAGGACGCCAUCUUCAUCAUGACCUCCAACGUGGCCAGCGAUGAGAUUGCCCAGCAUGCCUUGCAGCUGAGGCAGGAGACCAUGGAGCUGAGCCAGAAGAGGAUUGCUGAAAAUCUGGAUGACGUCCAGAUGACUGACAAGAUCACAAUCUCCAAGCAGUUCAAGGAGAAUGUGAUUCGCCCCAUCCUGAAGGCUCACUUCCGUCGGGAUGAGUUCCUGGGCAGGAUCAACGAAAUUGUCUACUUCCUCCCCUUCUGCCACUCGGAGCUCAUUCAGCUGGUCCACAAGGAGCUCAGCUUCUGGGCCAAGCGGGCCAAGGCCAGGCAUAACAUCACUCUGCUGUGGGACAGGGAAGUCAUGGAUGUCUUGGCGGAUGGUUACAACUUGCACUACGGCGCCCGCUCCAUCAAGCACGAGGUUGAGCGCCGAGUCGUGAACCAGCUCGCUGCUGCCUACGAGCAGGAGCUCCUGCCGCGCGGCUGCACCUUGCGGAUUAUCGUGGAUGACUCGGACAAGCGGCUCCUGAAAGGGAAGGAGAGCUCCUCGGGCCAGGAGGAGUGCCAGAGGAAAGGGCCGACCUUGCGGCUGGAGAUCGUGGAGAAGGACAGCAAGGGCCGGAAGCUGGACAUUCAGGCCCCCCUGACCCCGGACGAGUUGUCCUUUUCCUUGUAG